AUGGAAACGUUGGAUCUCUCAAACAAUCAAAUUGGGGGGGAGAUCCCUAGUUGGAUUUGGGGAACACAACUUGAGUAUAUGGACCUCUCCUUUAAUCGUCUGACAUAUGUGCAAAAGCCUUACCAUAUGUCUGCUUCUCUUAGAGAAUUAUACUUGCAGUCUAACCAGCUUACGGGCGAGUUGCACUUGCCCGUUCCACUUGCUUCUAAUCUCGUGUACUUGUCUAUUUCUAAUAACAGUUUAAGUGGAUCAAUUCCAACCUCCCUCUGCAAUGCCAAAGACUUAGAUAUUCUUUACUUGUCUGAAAAUAAACUAAGUGGCGGCAUACCCCCUUGCCUAUUUGAAAACAUUAGCAUAUUCCAUAUGCGGCAAAACAACAUCAGCGGCAUUAUUCCAGACAAUUUUUCUAUGGAUUAUAAGCUGCAAUAUUUCAAUCUUAACAAUAAUACUUUAGAGGGGCGGAUCCCAAGGUCCUUAGAAAGAUGCUGGUUGUUGAAGUUCAUGGACGUCGGAAACAACAACAUGAAGGACACUUUCCCAUGUAUGUUGUCAUCGACGUUGCGUGUUCUUAUCUUGAACUCCAACAAAUUCCAUGGGGAAGUGAGAUGUCACAACAGUUGGGAUUUUCUCCAAAUCGUAGAUAUAUCAUCAAAUCAUUUCAAUGGAAGUCUGGAAUCUUUUAACUUCUCUGAUUGGAGUGCAAUGACGCUGCAGGGUGAUGAUGGUAUUGCCAUUUUUCGGAACGGAUUUGUUAUGACAUUAAACAUGAAAGGGAUGAAUUUAGAGCUUAAUGGUAUUUGGAACGACUUUAGUAUCAUUGAUUUAUCUUCCAAUAAUUUCCAAGGAGAGAUACCAAAUGUAAUUGGUAAUCUAACUUCACUUCAUAAUCUCAAUUUCUCGCACAAUGCCCUCAACGGAAACAUUCCAAGGUCAUUUGGUCAGUUAAGUCAUCUCGAAUCACUCGACCUCUCUGGAAACCAACUAACCGGGCCAAUACCGAUGGAGCUUGGAGAGCUCACAUUCCUUGAAGUCUUGAACUUGUCACACAAUAAGCUGGUCGGAAUGAUCCCAAAUGGCCAUCAGUUUCAAACAUUCAGCUGA